AUGUCCACCCAGAGAGGGGGCUAUACUCCUAGCCUCGAGAAGUUUCUCGAUGGCUUGAAAAGUCGACCGGUUCAAGCUUCCGUCGAGCUGCUUGUCUCUCUUCUAAAAAGACGACAAAUCAAAGGGUCCGAGGCUUGUGCCACUGCUACCGCCCACAUACUGCUGCAAAUUGUCGCACGGGACAAAUGGAUCAACGUCGACCAGCUCCUCGGCCGUAUUCAGCUAAUUGGCAGGAAGCUUGUUGCCGCACAGCCCCAUGAGCUCGCCACUGGCAACAUCGUAAGGAGAGUCCUCGGCCUGAUUCGUGAUGAGGCCUCUGAAGACCGGAAUGACGCUACUACCGACUCACCUCGACCGGCUUCACCUCCGUUACCAGUCCCGAGCCAGGCGAGCUCCCCUCAGAAGCCCGUACGCCCUCCUCCUCUCGCCACAAUUGGGUCGUUUGCUCGGACCCAGUCUAUGUUUAAUCUCCUUUCCGAUCCCAAUGUCUUCCCAUCAACGGGGUCGAACGCAUCAACACCUGGUCAGGUUUCAGGCGCCUCAACCCCGAUCUUGAAUCCUCAGGCAACUAAUGUAUCUGCUCUACGCUCCGAAGUGAUUGAUGGAAUUCAGGAGAUUAUGGAUGAGAUUAAGAUGGUCGAUGAACAAGUCCAAACCUAUGCCGAUAUCUUCAUUCAUACCGGCGACUAUAUCCUGGUGUAUCAACCAUCAAGAACGGUCCAAAAGUUCUUAGCACGAGCCGCUUCAAAGCGAAAGUUCACAGUAUUUCUGGUGGUGGAUCCGUCUUUGGCCACAGAUGCGGAUAACCAGUAUGCUUCAUUGCUUAAAUCCAUGGCAUCAAGUGGUUCGAACGUCAUUACUAUCCUAAAUGCUGGCCUCAUGGCAUAUAUGUCGAGAGUCGAUAAGGUCAUCCUAGGAGCACGAGCGAUAACCGCCCAGGGUGGUGUUGUUGUGGAUGCAGGUGCCGCAGCUAUUGCACGAGCCGCACGAGAGCGCCGAAGGUCCGUCAUUGUUCUUGGUGGCGUGUAUAAACUAAGUCCCGAGUGCAAACUCCUACCAGAGAGUCAAAUUGAAUGGGGGGACCCAUCCAAAUAUGUCAGUUUUGCAGACGGAUCUCUGGUAUCGCACGUCAAAGUAAAGAGCGCUGUUUCCGAGUUCCUCCCCGCCGACCACGUCGAUACUUAUAUCACAAACCUGGGCGCACAUGCACAAGAAAACCUGCACACAAUUAUCACGGAUCACUAUAAGGAGGAGGAUAUCAAAUUCGAACUAUAUGGAAAGGCGCAACGGUGA